GGCGCCGCGGGGGUCGGGGCUGCGCGAUGGAGGCGGGGAAGGCGCGACCGCCGGCAGAAGGAAGAGUCGUUUCUCCCUGAAGAUGAACUCAACAGCCCCCCUCCCAGAGGCCCUCAAUGCCAGCUGGCCCCCUGUGCACCAACCCCCCGGAGGAAACGGCACUGCCCUCUCGGAGAACUGCCCAGAACUCGUCCACACGGCCACCUUGGUCACCUGCACGCUCCUCCUCACCAUCAUCUUCUUCCUGGGCUCCUAUGGCAACUUCAUUGUCUUCCUGUCCUUUUUUGAUCCAACCUUCAGAAAGUUCAGGACCAACUUUGACUUCAUGGUCCUAAACCUGUCCUUCUGCGACCUCUUCAUCUGUGGGGUGACAGCCCCCAUGUUCGCCUCUGUGCUGUUCCUCCACUCAGCCAGCGCCCUUCCCGAUGCAUUCUGUUUCACCUUCCACCUCACCAGCUCGGGCUUCCUCAUCAUGUCCCUGAAGACGGUGGCCGUGAUCGCGCUGCACCGGCUCUACCUGGCCCUGGGCAAACAGCCAAGCCGCGCGGCCGCCCUGCCCUGCACGCUGCUCCUCGUGUUGCUGCUCUGGGCCAGCAGCUUCACCCUGGCCGCCCUGGCCACGGUCAGAGCCAGCAAGUCCCACCUCUGCCUCCCCAUGUCCAGCCUGAUGGCGGGGGACGGGAAGGUCAUCCUGGCCCUCUAUGUCGUGGACUUUGCCUUCUGCGUGACCGUGGUCUCAGUCUCAUACGUCAUGAUCGCUCAGACCCUGCGGAAAAACGCCCAGGUCCGGAAGGGUCCCCCUGUGAUUGCCGUGGAUGCGUCCAGGCCGCAGCCCUUCGUGAGGGGCCCUGGGAAGGCAGGUGCAGAGCCCCUCCAGUGCACCAUGCCGGCCCUCUACAGGAACCAGAACUACAACAAACUGCAGCACGUGCCAACCCAUGGGUACCCCAAGAGUCCCAGCCAGCUGCAGCUGGUCUCAGCUGUCAACCUCUCCACCACCAAGGACUCCAAAGCAGUGCUCACCUGUGUGAUCAUCGUGCUCUCCGUCCUGGUGUGCUGUCUUCCCCUGGGGGUGGCCUUGGUACAGGUGGUUCUGUCACGCAGGGCGAGCUUCCUCCUGUACCAGGUUGAACUGUUUGGGUUCACCCUCAUCUUUCUCAAGUCGGGACUGAACCCUUUCAUAUAUUCUAGGAACAGCGCGGGGCUACGGAGGCGUGUGCUCUGGUGCCUGCAGUAUGUUGGCCUGGGUUUCUUCUGUUGCAAGCAGAAAACCCGGCUCCGGGCCAUGGGCAAAGGGAACCUGGAGGUGAACAGAAACAAAUCUUCACACCACGAGACAAACUCCGCCUACAUGCUCUCUCCGAAGCCCCAGAAGAAAUUUGUGGAUCAGGCUUGUGGUCCCAGUCACUCCAGGGAAAGUGUGGCGAGUCCCAAGCUCUCGGCCGGGCUUCAGCACCACGGCCAGAGCACCUCCACCCCAGUCCACACGCGGCUGGACGCCUACUACAGCAUCUAUAACAGCAGCCCGCCCGGGGAAGAGAGUGUCCCCUGCAGCUUGCAGCCCGUAAACUCCUUUGCGUUUGCCAGCUCCUACAUUGCCAUGCAUUAUCACACCACUAGUGAUCUAAUGCAAGAAUUUGACAGUACUUCUGCCCGGCAGAUUCCAGUUCCUUCUGUCUAAAGUCACAGGGUCCUGAGAGUCUCGUGCAGACUCGUUUUCUUUCUGAUACUAACUUAGCUUAUCUUUUAGUUUUGUGAGACCAGUGGUAGGUCAAAACUUAGAGUCAGCUAAAUAGUUGGCAGUUGAGUUUUCCUUUUUACUGAAAUCUGAUGAUGUGCUCUGUGAUUUCUUGACAUUUCUUGAUUGGACAUAGAUGGUUACUUUUUAGAUUUUUACCCUGGUCUAGCUUCCAGUCUUUUGUACUGAUUAUUUCAUAGAUACCAAUAAUGAUCCUACUACGACGUUAAAGUGGAGAAUGAACUGAUUAUAAUCGCUGGGACAUUAAAAUAUACAUGAACUCAAUUUUUUAAAGAAUGUGAAAGUAUAUAUUUACUGAUGCUGUUUUUUGAUUUAUAAACGCAGAAUUACUAAAUUAUAAAUUUUGGUUCAUUGAAGUGUUGAAAUGGGGUGCA